UUCCGCUCGGUUCAGGCGGGAUGGUUAAACGCGCUCCAUCUGACAGUUUUGUAGCAAAAAAAACAACAGAACAAAACUUAAAAUUAAUUAAUAUAGAUAUCACAGUUUAACAUGACAGUUAGCUGUUAUGUAGUUGACACAUCACGCGGCGAAUAAUCGGACGCAAGAUUGCAUUUGAAACGAUUAAAGCUCGGUUAGCUUCUCCAGGUAACAAACAUUAGCUUGUGAUUAUUUUUAGUUUUUAAAGCUGGUUAAUUUACAUAACAGCCGACCUUACGUUGAUGUGGUUAAUGUUAACCUGUUAAAAGCUCGUGACCGUAGAAAUGGACCGACCACCAAGGAAGACAAGGGUUGUGAAUUACUCUGAAGCAAAAGCCUUUGACGAUGAUGAUGAUUUUGCCUGCGUGAAGGCUCCGCCCAGCAAAAGGCCCCGAGAAGAUGUGAAACGGGAGCACAAGAAAUCAUCGAGCAUGUCCGCCAAUCAGGAGUCCAACUCUCAACCCGCAGCGAGCCAGAAGAGCAGAAGACCAUUAGAUGUGAAAGUGUACGAAAGAGAUCUAGAAGCAGCUCUUACACUAUCCUCGCUCAAUAAUGGAGGUGGGAUAAAGGACCAGUCUUCAACCCAUAAAGAUGUCCAGAUUUGUGUUCCGGUAGAUGAAAACACUGAUCCAACCUCUUCACACCUGUCCAACUGCAGUGUGGAUUUGACAGCUUUGGGCCUGGAUGAAAUCACAUCAGAAAAAGAGUCAACUUCCAUUUCCAGACAAAGAAAAGCUGCCACUGAGGAGCCGAAGAACAGGCCUACGGAUGAAGAUGAAGACUACGAGCCCAAACUGACACCAGAUUCAGAAAGUGAUGACGAUUUCAGUGAACCAGCUGAGAGUGAAGAUGAAGAAUUCACAGUGAAGAAAGUCAGCAAAACAAAAAAUGAGAAGACCAAACCGCCUCCGGCCUCUAAAGAAGAAAAACAACCAUCGAAACCAUCAAAGUCUAAAUUGCAGGCAGCAGCAGCUUCCACACCGGUGAGAAGUCCUCCAACGCCCAAACUUGCACCCAAAAUACCUGCUUCAUCGUCCUCAGUUUCCACAUCAACGCCUGCAUUACCUCUGAGCCCAAUGGGGGCCAGAAUACCCAAGUGGAACCCACCAGCUCAAGUUGGGAGAAGCCCCACUUCAUUCGGUCCAGCGGUGAAGUCUCCAGGUCAGGGUCUGCGCCUCGGGCUGUCCCGUCUUGUUCGAGUCAAACCUCUUCACCCCGGUGUUUCGAGUCCCUGACCUGUGUGUGGAUGUGUCCGUCUGUGUUGUCCUUUUAGCUUUAUUUAAAAAGAAAAGAAAGAUGUUUGUAAAUAUUCAUUUCUAUUUCCCAUAUAAAGCAACUCUGAGGAUGUCAUUUCCCAUGAUGCUCUCAGCAUUGGGAACAUAGGCCACGUGCACUGUGUGCUAUUAUUUCACCAAACAUUGUUCACAGGCCAUGGAGCCGGUGGCUGCAAUUACUUCUCAAUGUUAAUCCUAAUAACAGUACAGUGAUGUUGUCCUUAGAUUUCUCCCUUCUGUAUAUUGUGUGUUUGUAUAUUGUGUACAUAUAUAUAUGAAAUAAAAUUUAAAACAAGUUUAAUUUUGAA